AUGCCUACCCGUUUCUCGAAGACGCGCAAGCACAGGGGUCACGUCUCGGCCGGUUACGGCUAUUUUGGCAAAGUUGGUAUGCGUCACUUCCACCUCCUCCGCAACCACUACUACCGCCCCACGAUCAACAUCGACAAGCUGAUCGCUCUUCCUGAGGCCAAGGUCGACGCCCCUGCCGGCUCCGUCCCCGUCAUUGACCUCGUCAACGGCUCUGCCCACGCCUUCAAGCUCCUCGGCAAGGGUGCCAUCAACCAGCCCUUCAUCGUCAAGACCCGCUUCGUCUCCAAGCAGGCUGAGGAGAAGAUCAAGGCUGCCGGUGGUGUCGUCAAGCUCGUCGCCUAA